UGUUUUGGUCCCGUGGCUACCACACCGUAAGAGAGUGAAGAGAACCCACGCACAUGGGCAGAUACUGUGUGUGACUGUGUGAGAGAGAAGUCAGGCAUCUUGCUCAUCACAAUAUCUGUGGUGCUGCUCGUACAUCAUCAUUUAGCUGACUCUACCUUUAAGCUCUCAUCCUAGAAUCUACCAGAAAUCAGACCCCCAACAUCUACAAAACAUGGACCAGAACGAUGUUGUUUCCUGCUUCUACAAACAUUAAUUAAUAUAACACUAAUGUCAGAUUAUGGGAUUCCUCAGAGCUGUAAGACUUGUGACCAUGUUGAGGACUCCACACACUGGCUUCAGAUUGAACCCUUGACUUCCACUGUCCAGGGAGUGACAAUGUUCAGGCACAGGACACCCAAAGGGAGUUAUGAGUGCACAGUGUCUGGGCUCCGCUGGCUGUGUGAGAGAGAUGUCAUACUGAAGUAUCACUUCAGGAACUGGGAACCCUACAGUCAACUUCUGAAAGACAUGCAGUACACACAAGGUGGUCCAUUGCUGGACAUCACUAUGGAGUUAGGUGAACUGGAGGAAGUUAAUCUGCCACACUUUGUCUGUUUAGGGACCAACCCUUCCCUGAGGAAUGAGAUGAAGAUUCUUCAUGUAGAGGAACAUGGAGUGUCUUUAGAGGAAGUGCAUGAGGUCACCAGAUUCCAUGUUAAGAUUCUCCAUCCCAAGUUCUCAGCUAUCUCUGUUAUAUGGAAAUCACUGUCUCGUAAGAAAGAUGUCCACUGUGACGUGGUCCUCUACAUGGCAGUAAAAAAGUCAACAGUAAUUUCAAGGCUGUACCUGCUCCUCAGGAACUCCAGUCAGAAAGAGGCUGUUCAGGAACGGGAGAAAAAUCAGGUGUCCAAAGGAUUUUCAGAAUUCGUCCUGUCAAGUCCAAACGGGUCCUUAAAGCUGAACAGUUGGUUUGCGUUCAAGAAUCCCCGCUCCACUUCCAUCAAUCCAGAGAUUCAGCUGUUACCUGCAGACACCACACCAAGCUGUUGUCAGAUGAUAAUGGGAAACACAGGGGUGGACAUUGAGAUGGAGUUAAUCGGGGAUGAUCAGAGGACAGUAUGGAAAUCAGUGUUAUCAAAAGAUGUGUACAGCAACGACUCUCAUCCAACAUCAUUAACACUCCUUGGGAUUCCUGCAGAGGAGUUUCUUCAGAAACACAGGGCUGAACUCAUUCAGGGAGUCAAAAACCCAAAGCCAAUAGCAGAUGUUCUGCGGUCAAAGAGCAUGAUUGGUGAUGAAGAGUACUCCAGAAUAACAUCUGAAACAACUGAACAGGAGCGAAUGAGAGAACUACUGAACGCAGUUCUCCCUAAAGGACCAGAAGUGAUGGGAGCUUGUCUCAAAGCUCUCAGUGAACAUGAACGCCAUCUUGUUAAGUACUUGAGUGAAUCUAGCACCUAAUCUGAAGAUGCUGAGGCCUGUCUCCUAGUCUGUGGACAAAGACACUUCUCCACCUAA